UCUCAGAUCCAUCUAACUUGACAAACGUGAUGUACUGAAACAAUAUAUCUACAAAGUUGGGUAGCUUAAACACUUCACGUAAACAGAUCUGACGAGGCAUUAUAGUCAUGACAAUGAAUCUAUUCGCAUGUUGUGCUUUUCUCGCCCUCGUGUUAUGUUUGACGAGUGGCCUAGAGAUCGGAAAACAUGCUGAAGGGCAAAAACGCAUCCAUGGAAAUUUAGGCAUAAUUAAUGGCAAAAAGGCUUCAAUCAAGAAGUUUCCAUAUAUGGUUGCACUGAUUAUUGACGGCAGCUUACAGGGAUCUGGAGUCAUCCUCAACUCACAUUGGAUACUGACAACGGCUUUCAACGUUGCUUGGGUUCCUUCGGACGAAAUCGAGUUCAGAGCUGGCAGCACCACCUAUGAACAGGGCGGGCAGACCUUAACCGCUGAGAAGGUUGUCGUCCACGAGAACUACACGGGAUCCUGGGACUACGACAUCGCGGUCGUCAAACUCAACAAGCCCAUCAAGCUCGGCAAGAAGGCAAAGCCUAUCUCGGCAAAAAAGAUCUCAAAGGAAAAACUAAGGUGGUUGCUUCCGGCUGGGGCCCUGCAUCUGAGUAUGGAAACCCUUCACCAAACUUAUUGUCGGGCGAGUUGACCGUCUUGGAUUGGGAUACCUGUGAUGAAACCUACCCCUACGACUUGACGUCCAGACUCAUGUGCACGUCUGACACCAAUGUAGCGCCUUGUGGCGUCGACUUUGGUGACCCUAUAGUGUACAAGAAGGCAGUGUACGGACUGUACGCCGGCGGAUACGGGUGUCUCACCGAACCAGCGCUUUUCACUGAUGUCGUUAAUCUCUCAAAAUGGGUGAAGUCUGCUAUCAAGCAAUA